AUGGCACAUAUCGACAGCAACGGAGACUGCUGAAUGCUGACAAAGCGGCGGUGUGUCAACCUGUCAGGCCUGACUCGUGCCGAGGUGUCAUAUUCCCAUUGCUCCCCGGUGGGGGGUGGUGGGGUCCAGCUCCCUGACGCCGAAACGUGGGACCGGUAACCGGACUGCGACUGCGCGGGGGUGGAGUGAACGAAGCCGGGUUAAAGGCGGGUUAGAGUCGGGUCAAAGGCGAGUUAAAGAAAGGCGUAACAGAAUAGAAGAGCAAAAGGGGCUCUGUGGCAGCAGCAGCAGCGAGGGGUCCGAGGGGUCGGCGCGGCCUGAUUGCUGCACGAGCCAGAGAGAGAUCGAGAGAGAGUGAUGGUGAUGGUGGAUGGCAAGUGGAGCUGGAGUGCUUGUCGUCGUUGGACGAUCGAUUGAUCGAUCGCACAGGAAUUGCGAGGUGCAGGCUCUUGCUCUUGCUCUUGCUCUUGAUCCGAGCGCGACUUCUAGAGUGCCCCGAUGGCGUAGGACGAGCCUCGCGGUCUGCGGUCGAGAGUGGACUCAGAAAUCGACAUUACAAGAAGAAGAAGAAGAAGAAGAAGAAGAGGAAGAAGGUGAAGGUGAAGGUGGAUGAGGGUGGAGGAGAGCAGAGGAGGAGGAGGAGGAGGAGGAAGAGUGUGGGGGGUGAGGAGGGGCUGGUAGAGAGAUCUGCAGUGGAGGAGGAGUGCAGCAGCGCUUGAGCUCAGGCACCGGAAGCGGUAGCGGCUGGGGAAUAUUAAUAGAAGGAGGGGCCGAGACUUCGGGUCUCGGUCUUGAUAACUCUCGGCAGCAUCGUUGAAGGGACGAACACCUGACCUCGGCUGCCCAUGGCAAUUGGCCCUUGAAAGUCAAAACCAUCGUUCCCUGAGCCUGUCCUCUACAGGUUCGUAAAGUAUUGCGGCACUCCCUCCUCUCUCUCUUUCCUUCCCACCGCUCUUCUGCUCUCGUCUUUUCUCGUCGCCCAUCUCCGCCUUGCCUCCACGAAUGUUGUGGCGAAUACAUUCUUGGUUGGAAUUCGGUUUUAUUUCUGGUUCCGUAUCCGCUAACUCGCAGCAGCAGCAGCAGCAGCAGCAGCAGGAGGAUCAGGAUCAGCAGCUUGUGCUUUUCUUGAGCGUCUGGUGAUCUAGGAGUGAUCACGAAGUUGCGGACCUGCUGCAGGACUAGAUCCCCGAUUCCGACAGUCCGGAUGCAAGUCGGGGAUCACAUGUGAUUUGCUGCUGUGUCGCCUUCUUCGAGGGUGCCGCGUGAUCGACUUCUUGUACUUGCAAAAUCCUUGAACCAUGGCUGAACCUGAAUUAGAGGCUAUGCCCGAGCAGACGACGCCGAAUUCUAAUGCCACACCAGCUGAUGUGGGUGGAAUUGGCAGUGCUCCCGCAUCUGAUUUGCAUCAUGAGAAGCUGAAGAAGAAGAAGGCGAAGGUACAGAGGCUCAAGGAAUAUUUGAAGAAAGCCGAUGACGAUUUAGCCAAGUCCAAUGAGCUCGCUAAAGCAGCCGAGGCGAAGGUCCAUGCCUUGGAAGAGCAAGUCAAGCAGGCUGUUGAGAAAGCUACGUCAGCUGAGGAGGCAGCAAAGGUCCACGAGGACAGGGCAGCUGCUGCGGAGGGCAAACUACUGGAUCUUACUUCAGAUCUACAAGAUCAUAAGGCUCUGAAAGACACCCUGGUGAAGAAUGUUUCGGAAGUCCAGCAGAAGCUUGACGACUUGGAGGCCAGACUGAAGGAGCAGACUGCGAAGGCUUCAGAUGCCGAGCAGAAGGCCACGGAGUAUCAAUCCAAAUUGAAGGAAGUGGAGGCCUCAGCUGAAAAAGCCAAUUCACAGCUCAGUGAGCUUCAGAGCCAAUCCAAGCUGGCUGAAGAAGAAUUAGCUAGUCUGAAAAGUGAGAACACCAACCUUCAAGCCAGUUCUUCCACCGUAAAGAAAGACGCAGAAGACAAGAUUUCCUCCUUGCAAGCAGAAUUGGAACGUGCCAAAGAAGCAGCGGCUCUUGCAGACACACAGAAGGAGAAGCUUCUAGUCCAAUCAGAAGAGCUCAACGUUGCACGUGAUCAGGUUGCAAAGCUGGAGGAACAAUUGAAGGCUGCUGGAGCUCAAGCCGAAGAUCUUAGGGCCGAACUAGGAACCAAGAGCUCUGAAUAUGCUGAAGGUAAUAAAGCUCUCGCGGCUAAGGUAACAGAACUGGAGGCCUCAUUGGCUGCUGCUGGGUCAAAAUUAGAGGAAGCAGAAUCCAGGUUAAAUUCUGAGACCGAAUCCCAUGUAGCCGCUCUGGAAAAGUCAGAGAGUACCAGCAAAUCUUUAGAGAGCAAGGUCUCUGAGCUAGAAGCCCGUCUUAGUGAGUCUGCCACUCAGAUGAAGGAGUCUGGCGAGAAACUCCAAUCUCAGAUCCAGUCUCACAUCGCAGACUUGAAGAAGAAGGAAGAAUUGCUCGGCUCAGCUGAGUCCAAAGCCAGUGACCUGAGUUCGGAGCUGGCAUCAGCUGCUGCAAAGAUCAGCUCCCUGGAGAAGGAGCUGAAAGAAACUGCCGAUAGAGCGAGAGAACAUGAAAGCAGUGCGAAGUCGCAUGAGGAAAAAGCAAAAACGUUCACAGCUAGAUCAAUUGAGCUCGAAAGCCUGGUCAAAACACACGAAGAAACCUCCAAAUCACACCUGGAUACGGUGGAAUCUUUAAAAGCCGAACUGUCGGAUGCCAAGGUGAAGAUUGCCAGUCUUGAGGAAUCUAGGGGUGAAACAUCUGAGUUGGCUAGUAGCUUACAGGUUGCACAGGAUAAGGUGGCUGAGCUCUCGGAGAAGCUGAAGUCUGCUCAAGGCAAGGUCAGAGAUCUGGAGGAUAUGGCUGCCUUUCACGAGGACAACCUCAAGGCCUACAAAGAUGCGGUCCAGUCUUUGCAGACUGACGUCAGUCAGAGUGAGACUAAUUUGAAAGCCAGCGCACAAAAGGUGGCCCUGCUCGAAGAAAGCUUGCGCAGCGCUGAGACAAAAUCCACUCAGCUCGAAGAGCAGCUGCAAACUGCCGAACAGAAAGUGAAGGAGUACGAGAGCAGCGCUCAAUUGCAGGAGAAGGAUGUCAUCCAGUCUGCCGGGAAAAUCGCAGAACUUGAAAGCAUGGUUGUCGUCUAUGAAGGGAAGGUGAAGGAAGCUGGAGAUCUGCUGCAAUCAACCAAGUUAGAGCUGGAUGAAGCUAAGGCAGAGAUUGUGAAGGGCUCUUCAAGCCUGAAGGAUCAAGAGUCAAAGGUUGCUGAGAUUCAAAGAGAGCUGAGCGAGACUCAAGCUCGGGAGAAGGAACUUGAAUCGAAGUUGAAGGCUUCUCAAGAAGCUGCUGUGCAUCACGAGACCAGCGCCAAAGAGGUUCAUGAGAAGUCUCUGAAGCUUUCCGAUUUGCUGGGUCUUCAUCAAAGUCAGGCCAAGAGUGCGCAGGAGGAGGCAGGAACCCUAAAGGCUGCCCUUUCAGAGGCACAAGCUCAACGUGCAGAGGUUGAGUCACAGGCCAAGUUGCUUCAAGAAAAGCUACAGUCUAUGGAGGACGAAUUGAAGAAUGGCAAUCUCAGUCGCUCGGAUUUUGAAAGCAAACUUGCUUCAGCUCAAAACACUGCCACUGAAUUGGCAUCUGAACUGUCGCUCUGCAAGAAGAAGCUUGAGGAAAGCGAGGCUUUUGGGAAGGAGGUCGAGAAGAAGCUUUCUUCGGCUGAGGAGAGAGCUGCAACCCUCGAGUCACAAUUUCAAGCAGUCAAUGAUGGUACUCAAAAAUUGUCGAAGGAGUUUUCUAGUUUGAUGUCUACGUCCGCAGUCGAACGCGAGCAUCUCGAAUCGAGGAUUUCCGAUCUCAUAGCAGAGAAGGAUGCCACGAGUGCAAAACUCCUAGACGCUGAAAAGCGUGUAGAAGAAGUCAAUAACGAAAGGCAACAGGAAGCUUUGAAGUCCAGAAACUUUAGAACUGCAAAAGAGACAGCUCUUGAAGCUGAGCUUCAGGGUCUGAAAGGCCAGCUGAAAGAUGCUGAAAGCAGGCUUAGAAAUCUAAAGGAGUUGCAACAAAAAGUGUUGACGGCUGAUGAAAAGAAUCGAGAACAGCAUGCCAAUCUCGUCAGAGAGCAGCAAAAGGCCACUAGUGCCCAGGAGGAGGUUUCCAAGUUGAAAGAGCAGCUUGCGUCCCUACAAAAGUCAGCUGCCGCUCAAGAGGAGGUAGUAGCAAAACUGAAGGAACAAUUGGAAGCCCAGAAGAAGUCUUCAAGCGCAAAUGAAGAGGCUGUGCUGAAGAUGAAAGAGCAGGUGGCAUCUCAACAACCGUCAACCAGUGCUCAAGAGGAGGUUUCGAAGCUCAAAGAACAGCUGGCAUCUCAGAAAUUGGAGUUCGAAAAGCUACAAACACAGCUCAUCACGCCUGCUGUGGCGACCAAGGAUAUCCAAUUGAAAGCAGCUCCACAAGACGGAAAAGCAUUGAGAAGAAGGAAAAGCAAAAAAGGUUUGUUGGUGCAAGAAGAGUCAACACCUGAAGAGAUGGUUGACGACAAGAGUAUUGUUCCUGGUGUCAAACCUAGCGCAUCAAUUAGCAGCGGUCUUCUUAGUGUUCUUGUGGCUAUCUCUGUAGGAUCAUCCUUGUUAAGUUUCUAUUUUACGAAGAGAAUCUACCAAUGACCUAAAGUCAGAAUGGUACUGCCUAUCAGGGCAAGUUUUUCUCAACUAUUCGAUAAGGUGACUGAGUUGUAGUAUUGGCAAGAUUAGCCGUUCUUGGGCUUCGUAGCUAUUCACCAUUGAAAACGUGUUGCUUGUAGAUAAUAUCCUUCUCGUUUACUUUCAAACAUGGGGUCACUAUCCCUAGAAGUGACUAGAGCGGAUGUGUUCCUCCCCAUUUCCCUCACCAGUUUACCAUUACAAAUGAGUAGGGCUGUCAGUCCUUAUGAAGAAAGUAGAUCUCGGCUAUACAGACUAAUCAGAUCCUUGCGUUAUUUUUUCUAAGUGAGGAUGCUGUGUCCUUGUUGAAUGUUGCUGGUCCGCAUUGGAUACACGAACAUUGACGUUUGUCUCCGUAGUCUGUCUCUUGUCCACUUUCUAUGUACGAUACGAAUUUGGGCAAGUCGCCCCCGAUCUGUCUUGGCCACCUUUGAGCAUGUUACGGAAUAAACGAAGUAAAAGAGAGCCUGUCGUUGAUCAAGAUAUGUGGUUCGUGAGAAGAAUCGGUUGAGGAUUUGCGUCCUCACACGGAGCGAGGGUCCAUCCCUUCUAUGCCAUACUCUUGGUUGUCAGGUUCAUUCGAAGACAGUUGUUUGUCCUGAGGGGAUUUUCUCUACUCCAGGCAGUUUAUUGUAAUUCUACUAGUCUCAUAUAAUCCACGACAAUCUAUUGAUUGACGACUUUCU